CUAAAAUUUCCCUCUCUUUCCUGAUCCGUUCAUUUCGCUCUCAAACACCAUUCACACAAACGCUUCCUUAAAAAAAAACUACUUUCCCUGUUUCUCUUUCAAUUUUUCUUCAUUCCUAGUACGUUUUUUUCCCCAUGUCUGGGAUUCACAGAUUAAGUUUUGAAAAAAUAAAACAGAGGAACUUGUGUUAAUCAAUAGAAAUAGAAGAUACAAAAAUUUGUAUUGAUGGAACAGAAAAACGUUUUGUUAUCGGCGUUGAGUGUUGGGGUGGGAGUUGGAGUGGGAAUUGGUUUGGCUGGAAAAGGCGUUACAAAAUGGGGUGCUAAUGAAUAUUCAUCCUCAAACGGCGUUACUCCGGAGAACAUGGAGCGCGAAAUGCAACGACUAGUUGUCGAUGGCAGAGAAAGCAAGGUCACUUUUGAUCAAUUCCCUUAUUAUCUCAGAGAGCAGACACGGGUAUUGCUAACAAGUGCUGCCUAUGUCCAUUUGAAGCAUGCGGAGGUUUCUAGGUAUACACGGAAUCUUGCUCCUGCAAGCCGGACUAUUCUGCUUUCAGGGCCAGCAGAACUUUACCAACAAGUGCUUGCCAAGGCUUUAGCUCACUACUUUGAGGCAAAGUUGCUUCUGUUAGAUUUAACUGAUUUUUCACUGAAGAUUCAGAGUAGAUAUGGUUCUGCCAACAAAGAAUCUUCUUUCAAAAGGUCUACCUCGGAGACAACUUUGGAGCGGCUAUCUGACCUAUUUGGGUCAUUUUCAAUCUUUCAACAGAGGGAAGUGCCUAAAGGCAAUUUCCACAGGCAGUGCAGUGGCGUUGACCUACGGUCAUUGCAGGCUGAAGGAUCUAGUAACCCUCCUAAGAUGCGUAGGAAUGCAUCAGCUUCUGCAAAUAUCAGUAGCCUUGCUUCACAAAGCAAUCCUACAAAUUCAGCUCCUCAGAAGCACAUAACCAGCUGGCCUUUUGAUGAGAAGCUUCUCAUACAGACUCUUUAUAAGGUUCUAGUUUAUGUGUCAAAAACCUAUCCCAUUGUUCUAUACUUGCGGGAUGUUGACAAUUUGUUGAAUAGAUCACAAAGGAUAUAUAACCUAUUCCAGACAAUGCUGAAUAAACUACAUGGACCAAUUUUGAUUCUUGGUUCACGAGUUCUGGAUUCUGGUAGUGACUACAAAGAAGUGAAUGAGAGACUUGCUUCCCUCUUCCCCUACAACAUAGAAAUCAGCCCCCCAGAAGAUGAAUCUUGUCUUAUGAGCUGGAAGUCUCAAUUUGAAGAGGACAUGAAGAAGAUACAGAUUCAGGAUAACAGGAACCAUAUCAUGGAAGUGCUUGCAGCCAAUGAUCUUGAUUGUGAUGACCUGGAUUCCAUCUGUGUGGCAGAUACAGUGGUUCUCAGUAACUAUAUCGAAGAGAUUGUCGUGUCUGCAAUUUCUUAUUAUUUAAUGAAUAGCAAAGAUCCUGAAUACAGAAAUGGAAAAUUGGUUAUUCCAUGCAAUAGUUUGUCCCAUGCAUUGGGUAUAUUCCAGGAGGGGAAAUUCAGUGUCAGAGAUACAUUAAAAUUAGAAGCCCAAGCAGUCACGUCUCAGCAGAGAGAAGAAGGAGCUCUUGUGGAACCAGAAAAAAAGGCAGAAAAUCCUGCUUCUGAUAUAAAGGCAGAAUCAGAUACAUCAUCAACUUCAGUGGUAAAAACUGAUGGUGAAAAUGCAGUUCCUGAAUCCAAAGUUGAAGUUCCCCCCGACAAUGAGUUUGAGAAGCGAAUAAGGCCUGAGGUAAUACCAGCAAACGAGAUUGGUGUGAAAUUCUCAGAUGUUGGUGCCUUAGAUGAGACCAAAGAGUCGCUUCAAGAACUAGUUAUGCUUCCUCUUCGAAGGCCGGACCUUUUCCGGGGAGGCCUUCUAAAGCCUUGUAAAGGAAUAUUGCUAUUUGGGCCUCCUGGCACCGGGAAGACAAUGCUGGCAAAGGCCAUUGCGAGCGAAUCUGGCGCAAGUUUCAUUAAUGUAUCCAUGUCUACCGUCACCUCCAAAUGGUUUGGUGAAGAUGAGAAGAAUGUUCGUGCUUUAUUCACACUGGCCGCCAAGGUCUCCCCAACUAUUAUAUUUGUUGAUGAGGUGGAUAGUAUGCUAGGACAGCGGACCAGAGUUGGAGAGCAUGAAGCCAUGCGGAAAAUAAAGAAUGAGUUUAUGACUCAUUGGGAUGGACUUAUGACAAAUUCGGGGGAGCGCAUCCUUGUUCUUGCUGCAACCAAUAGGCCAUUUGACCUCGAUGAAGCAAUAAUUAGGAGAUUUGAAAGGAGAAUUAUGGUAGGGAUGCCAUCUGUGGAGAACAGGGAAAAGAUUUUGAGGACUCUUUUGGCAAAAGAGAAGGUGGAUGAGAAACUUGAUUUUAAGGAAGUCGCAACUAUGGCCGAAGGAUAUAGCGGAAGUGAUCUCAAGAACUUGUGCACAACUGCUGCUUACAGGCCUGUUAGAGAGUUAAUUCAACAAGAGAGGCUAAAGACUCUGGAGAAAAAGCAGCAGGGUGCUGGAGGACAGAAUAACGAUGUCCAAGACGCUCUGGAUACAGAAGAGGAAGUUCAACAAGAAAGAGUUAUUACCCUUAGACCUUUGAACAUGCAGGACUUCAAAGAGGCUAAGAGUCAGGUUGCCGCAAGCUACGCAGCUGAGGGGGCAGGAAUGAAUGAGUUAAAGCAGUGGAAUGAAUUGUAUGGGGAAGGCGGUUCAAGGAAGCAACAACAGUUAUCAUAUUUCCUAUAAAAAAGUUACGGAGGGAAGAAAGAAUUUGUGGCUGCAUCCUUCUAGUUACUCUUGUUCUAUGAAUGGAAGUGUGAGGAAAAAAAAUUUACCUACGAGGCAUCCAUAGGGCAAUCAGGAGUUUGCCAGUGAUAUACAAUUUGUGUAUAAUUUCCAGUAGAAUCUAGUUGCUUCAUAUAUAAUACUCGACUAAAUGUAUUGGCCACGUUUGGUAUUUUGCCCGUAGGCUGUCAUGUGAAUAUUGUUGUUGUAGCUAAUUAUGCAGCUUAUGUUAGACCCAUAGAAUGGUGCUUUCACGGUUUGUUUGUAGGUCAAUGAAAGAAGAGGCAAUGUUUAGUGGCAUUAUUAUCAUGACGAUGGUUGAAGUUGCUUUUAUGUACAUUAGAUUAAAAAAAACAGGUCAGUGAUUCAAUAUUAUAGCGAGAAUUUCUAUUAAUUCGA